AUGAAGGGAGAAUAUGAGGUUAUAAAUGAGGAUCUCAUCCCUUAUCAUACAGCAGCGAUCGCAUUGGCUGAAUCUUUUGAAGGUUUCUACAUUGACUAUGUACCCCGUCUCAAGAAUACUUAUGCCAACGUGCUAGCGUCGCUUGCGGCCACAUUGGCUCUACCUGAAGGAGCUACUCAACAAAUCACCGUGACAAGCAAACAUUUGUUCAAGUCGAAGUAUGUGUUUCAGAUCAACGUGAUUGAAGAUGAGCCUAUCAAGAAUUUGGCUUCAACAACUUAUAACCCUGCUGCUAAUGGGCAAGCAGAAGCAUUCAAUAAGACCAUCAUCAGAAUUCUCACUAAGGUGGUUUCAACGAAUAAAAGAGACUGGAAUGAGAAGUUGGGUCAAAGCUUGUGA